AAUGAGGCAACAGUGAUGUCGCAAGACAGAUUCCCGGAAAGUGUGUGGGUGUGGAUUUGUUGUAACUUGCGCUCCUGCAACAAAGGCAGACAGAUCCAGGAUAUCCAGCAGCACAGAACUCGCACUGCUACAGAGAUGCAAAGCUCUUACAGACCCAUGGAGAAUUUGCCCCUGCAGGGAGUCACAGGAGAUGGAACUGUGGUGGUUCCCAUGCCUGAACAUCCUAAAGAUUACAUAGUGUGGUCCAUGUCCACCCUCUACUUCGGAAACCCGUUCUGCCUGGGGCUGCUGGCCUUUUAUUUCUCAGUUAAGUCCAGAGACCGGAAGAUGGUGGGAGAUCUAUCAGGAGCAAAAUCAUACGGAUCUACAGCUUGCUGCAUCAACGGAUGGGCCCUCGGUCUGAUUAUUCUCUUCAUAAUAGCUGCCAUCGUCAUUAUAGCAGCAACUGUGCCAGCAGUUGUGAAUCGCAUUCAAUCAAUGUCUUCUUCUGACAGUUACUCAUACAGUGGUUAAAUUAGUCUCUUAGCUGAGCAAAACGACCAUUGUCAGCAUAAAAAUUUACAUUUCACUCUUUGUAGCUGGAUGCUUUUUAUUGUAAGAAUUUUUUUUAAGAAAAAGUAAAAUUGCACUUGUAAAUGUUUAAUUUUGGUGUCUGAGUAAUUAAAGAAACUCCAUACAUGAAA